AUUAAACUUACGUACACACUUUGAUAUGCAAUUUGUGCACGAGUAUGUGUGUUUUAACUCCUUCACAUUGGCCCGCAGCUAACACUUGUUGCUUAAGCAUAAAAUUCAUGAAAUCCGUAAGUGGUAAUUUUAAUCAACAAAUUCAUUCAAUUUAUUCUUUCGACCAUAAACCUGUGCCAUUUGCUUUAACACAUAUGCUCUAUUUGCAUUUAUGAAUGUUUGCAUGCAUGUGUGUGUUCUGCUUCUUUUUGUGUUUGGGUGGGCUUUUCGCGCACUACCCAUUUAAAUACUACUUUCGGGAUAACUGCCUUGGAAAACAAUAGCGUAGCUAAAAUAAUCAUUGUUAAUCUUUGUUAAACCCAAGGUUGUUAUCCAUAUGCGUAUAUGUGUUGUUAGUUAAUAUGUGCGUGAGUGAGUAGCCAUAUCUUCUUAAUCGUUGCGCCGCAAACAUCUAGGCCUGGCAGUUGGUAUAAAAACGGAUACUCCAUCAACAGGAAGCCCAGUACAAUCAGCGCUUUGCUCCAAUCGAGUACAAAGUUUACACAAGCAAACGAAUCUCUAGUCAAACAUAAACAAGAUGUUCAAAUUAUUUUUCUCCUUGGCUGUCUUCUGCUUAUUGGCCACUUGCUUUGGCCAAACGUUUCAAUACUCGCACGGCUGGACCAGCGGCAAGCGAGCUAUGAACUCCCAUCGUGACAAUGAUAUAUCCGAAAUGCUCCCACAAGAUGGCGAACGCAAAUUGGAAAGGUGUCUUAUGCAGUUGCAAUAUUUAUUACACAAUCCCCUGUCGAUUCGUGCCGGCGUACCGGCCUUGACUCCGGCAAAUGGCAAUUUAUUUGGAAAUCAUCAUCAAUCAAAUGAAUUGUACGAAGAACUGAAUGCUGCCGAAGCGAACGAUUAUGGAAAACAUUAAAACGUGAUUAUGGCCAUAAAAUAUUAAUAAAACGAAACAGCUCCACACGAAUUUAGUAGUAUGUAUAUUUAGUAGAAUAUUUGGAACAGCAUGCAUACACAUACAUAAUAAAAUUAUUUAUUGUAUAUAUAUAGCAUAUAUAAUUUCGUUAAAAUUUUUGAUAAACUACAGUUAAAAUAUUAUAUGAAUUUGCAAGUUUAAAAUGUCCUUUGAAUGUUCAUAACUACACCCAUAUGUGUAAAAAAUUAUAAUAAUAAAAAAAAAUUAAGUAAAUCGUGCAAAUAUAGCGAAAAGCUAAGUUGAAAAACA